AUGGAGAUCGCGGCGGCCGCAGACAAAUCGAUCAAAUACCAGCCCAACAUCGUAGUGAUCAAUGUUGGGACGAAUGACUGCAUGCAGAACUGCAAGAUCGACGAGCUCCAGGCUCGCUACCGAGCCUUGCUUGACAAACUCUUCAGUCAAAUCCCCGGUGUCACCAUCAUUUUGACCAAUGUCCUUCCCGGAACAGUUCAGGGCAUUGUCGACAACAGGGGCUCAGUCAACGAACAGAUCCGAGCGCUGGUCAGUGACACGCGGUACAACGAACAGCCAAAGGUUGUCCUAACCGAUGUGGACGCACCGGCCACCGUCUUCACAAAAAGACACUUCGUCUCUGACGGCAUCCACCUUAACGACGACGGCCACAAGCACGGGCUGUAUGACAUGCUGUGUAUCUCACCAAACGGAGACGCCCAUGUGAGUAUCAACAACUACGACGGCACGUUCAUGGGGCCGCAGUUCUGGAAGUCCAACGAGGGAUCACCGCAGGCCCAGGUUCGCCUCGCGGACAUUGACGGCGAUGGCCGCGCGGACUACUGCACUAUUGCCGACAACGGUGAUAUCACCUGCUGGGGGAACUGGGGCAGUGGAGACCUGCCCGUCGGUUGGAACCCUCUUGGGGUCGUGUCCACCGCGAAAGGAAUGAGGAACGUGGACGGCGUCUGUUUCGCUGAACGUCAAUGGUGA